AUGGGCAUCGGAGGCAGCAAGCCGGUCUUCGCGCCGAGCGCGAUCCCGUCGUCCUUCAGCGCCGUCAAGGUCACAGAUAUUUAUGGAGCCGAGCGCACGCUUGGGGAGUGGGAUGGCAAGGUGAAGCUCGUCAUCAACGUCGCGUCCAACUGCGGCCUAACAAAGGGCCACAACAAAGAGCUCUUCGCGCUGCGCGAGAAAUUCGGCUCUGAAAACUUUGAGAUUCUCGCCUUCCCCUGCCGGCAGUUUGCUGGUCAGGAGUUCGAGUCGCUGGACGACACGAAGGCAUUCUGCGAGCGCGUGAAGAUUCCGUUUCCGGUCUUCGCCACCUCAGACGUCAACGGGCCUGGAACCAACCCAGCGGUCCUUUACUGCAAAUGGAACUGCGAUGCGUUUUACACGCCCAUGAAGUGCAGCAAGGAGGCGAAACUCAGUGACAUCGGCUGGAAUUACGGCAAGUUCCUGUUGGAUCGCGAGAACGGCGUGUACCAGUACUACGGCCCGCGCACCAAGCCUCUCCAGCUCGAGGAGGAUAUCCGCAAACUAAUCGCCGGCGAAGUGAAGGGGAUGAAGCGCGACGAAGACGGCCAGCUCAAGUCGCUGUAA